CUCCAUGCGACUGCGACACACGCUGCAGUUGUUUUCCGCUUUGCUAUCUAGAUCUUUCCUGCUGUUGCGUUCGUGCUGUUAAAGCGUUUGUCCUGGGUAAACAAGAUAUAUCAGUAUUACAUUUGAGAUCUAUAAGGUCGCGAUCGGUAACUGUCAACGGUAAAUAUCAGUCGAUUUGCGUAUUUUAGCUGGUCGGUAGGCUAAGGUCGGUAUGUUGCUGUCAUCAGUCCCAAGGCAUAUGCUCAUCCGAUGCCGAAGGGCACGCAGUCUCUCUCCUUGUCGGGUUUUAAAGACAAGUUCGGGGGAUGCUACAAGAAGCCAGACACUUCACGACCUAGAAUUGAAUCGUAACCCCAUUGUUUCUACCUCCCGUGUCUCGAGGAAGGGCAUUCUGAGCGAGGACGCAAUGCCUACAAAUGUAAGCUCGCAUAUGCAGUACCGUCAUUUGACCGCCAGAUGGAUAACGAAUCUACAGGGCAGAAGAAAUUCGUGGAACGCUCUUGCCGCGGGAGGGCGCGCCAAUAACUAUUGGGAGGAAGAGAGCAAAGGGGGGAAAAGUUAUUUCGGAGGUACUUCUGCUGGGGUCGUUUCAGCAGCGGCCCUUGCAUACUGUCUGAAGAAAGACUCUGAUUCAAAAGGAGACCAACUGCUGGACGCUUCACGAACGAAUAAUGCACAAGAAGUUACGAGGCUGCUGGAGGAAGGAGCAGACCCAAACUGCCGUCACCGUCUGGGCUGGACGCCACUAAUGGUGGCCACCAUGAACCGGCAGCACUGUGCUGUUAAAGUCCUCCUGGGAGCCGGCGCUGACCCAAACCUGGGUGACAACUUCAACAGCGUCUACGACACGUCCAGAGAGAAGGGUAUCCAUUCCCUGGAAGUGCUGGUGAUGAGGGAGGAUGAGUUUAAUAACCGGCUGAGCAGCCGUGCCAGUUUCCGGGGCUGCGCGGCGCUUCAUUACGCCGUCCUCGCAGACGACCUGCACUGCGUCCGUCUGCUGCUGGAGGCCGGUGCCAACCCCCUGCAGAAAAAUGACAUGGGGCACAAACCAGUGGCGUAUGCCAAGGAGGGAGAACUCUACACUCUGCUGAAAGAUUGGGAAGGCAAGUUCCAGGAGGCGCAGCGGAAGCGGGAGGCGGAGGAGAGGAGGCGCUUCCCUCUGGAGCGCAGGCUGCGGGAGUACAUCAUCGGCCAGGAGGGCGCCAUCAACACUGUGGCCUCAGCCAUCCGGAGGAAGGAGAACGGCUGGUACGAUGAAGAACAUCCCCUCGUCUUCCUCUUCCUGGGAUCCUCCGGAAUCGGAAAAACAGAACUGGCCAAGCAAGUGGCCCGAUACAUGCACAAGGACGUUAAAAAGGGAUUCAUACGUGUGGACAUGUCAGAAUUCCAGGAGAAACACGAGGUGGCAAAGUUCAUUGGCUCCCCACCAGGGUAUGUGGGUCACGAGGAGGGUGGUCAGCUGACCAAGCAGCUGAAGCAGUGCCCCAAUGCAGUGGUGCUGUUUGAUGAGGUGGACAAGGCCCACCCGGAUGUGCUCACCAUCAUGCUGCAGCUCUUUGAUGAGGGAAGACUCACAGAUGGGAAGGGCAAGACCAUCGAGUGCAAAGACGCCGUCUUCAUCAUGACGUCCAAUGUGGCGAGCGACGAGAUCGCCCAGCAUGCACUGCAACUCCGCCAGGAGGCGCAGGAACAGAGCCGGAGACGAAUGGCAGAGAACUUGGAUGAGGUGCAGAAAAGCGACAAAAUCACCAUAUCGAAACAAUUCAAGGAGGACGUAAUCCGGCCCAUUCUGAAGCGUCAGUUCAGGAGGGACGAGUUUCUUGGACGGAUCAACGAGAUUGUUUACUUCCUGCCUUUCUGUUACUCUGAACUCAUCCAGCUGGUGAGCAAGGAGCUCAACUUUUGGGCCAAGAAGGCUAAGCAGAGGCACAACAUCACGCUGCAGUGGGAAAGUCCUGUGCUGGACCUCCUCGCUGGGGGCUACAACCUGCACUACGGAGCUCGCUCCAUCAAACACGAGGUGGAGCGGCGGGUGGUGAACCAGCUGGCCGCAGCGUAUGAGCAGGAACUCCUCCCUAAGGGCUGCACCCUGCGCAUCUCUGUGGACGGGGGCGCUGAAUCCGAGGGCCAGGAGGGCCAUGGGGGCCCCAGCCUGCGCUUGGACAUCGUGGGAGCCGACAGCUCGUCCCGAAAACUGGACAUCCGGCCCCCACUCAACCCGGAGGAGAUGGCGUACUUUCACUGAACUCACUGCGGCUCGAGGGCGUCCCGCAGCCUGUGACUCACCCCAGCCCUCUCCCAUCUGCAGGACACUUACACUAAGAGAGAGAGCUCCAACAAACUGAGGAAAGGGUGCCUCACUCUCUCUCUCACGCCGCAUACGCACAUUCUAAAGUCAGGUGUACACUUUCGCCGUGUCACUGCAAAAACAAAAUGAGUCCCGUAAAUGUGAGCGCUCGACUUCAUUUUGAAAUCUUAGCACAAUAAGCAUCUGCUGCCAGGUCUCAGCAUCAGCUAGUGCCACCACUGGAGAUCAUGCACCAUCUCCAAUGCCAUGGAACCAGAGUCUGGGGAAACACAAUACUGAUUGUCGUGCUUUGGUGUGUAGGAACAGUAGAAAAGUACUGGAUAGAUUGAUAUAAAUAUAUAUCUAGAAGUGAAUAUAGAACCCAGUAGAAUUUCAGUGGCAUCUUGGCAUGCUUAGAGGAGCCAAAGCUAGAGUUGGAUGUUGUAUGGAGUCACAGUAGAUUUUGUCUACUCACCAGCAGUACCAAACGUUAAUACAGAAAGAGGUUAAAGAUUAUAUAUAUUAUUUUCUGUAGUUCCUGGAGGAUAAAUAAUAGAUGAGUAAUAAAUGUUAUAAAAUUAUACAGCUAUAUUUGUGUUGUGUAUAGAUGUUUGGAUAAUAAGAAUGUAAACAAUGUAUAAUGUAAUAUUAGAGAUAAUUAUACACAUGCACUUAUAUGUGCACUUUGCAUGCUAAAAAUAAAUUCCAUGUUGUUCCAGUAUUUGUGGAUAUCCAUCCACAUUGCUAGGUACUGAAGAUAAUUUAGGGCGAUAUAUGUUUGUUUCUUUUGUUGUCCAAAAAUGUGUAGUGCUGCCAAGAUGUUUUUUAACAUUUUCUGUUACCAUCUUUCACCAAGUGAAAUGAUUUCAGUUGGCAAAUUUCACUUCAUUGUGUACAAGAAAUUGUUGAAAUGGCCCAAA